GAGGUUCAAAUCAACCAUGACUGAAAUCAGUGCUUUGCCCUCCGAAAUCCUCUCUUUGAUUCUGACACAAUUAGGCUCAGCCUCUUUAGCUUCUUACGCCAGUGUCUGUAGAAAAUGGCAGGUGCUGAGUGAGAAGCAGACCUUCUCCCAUCUUCUUCUAACUUCUGACCGGUUGAGUGACUUCAAACGGAUUAUCUCUUCUAGUGCACACCGGUGCUGCUUUAUCCGUUAUCUGGAUCUGUAUAUUCUGCUUCCUGCCUACGAGAUUGCUGCACGGACCCAGUUGGAAAGCCAAAUAGAUCGCCAGAAAAACAAUGAGGCGUUCACCCAGACCAUAGUCUCUUUCUGGGAUAUUCUGAGUACAUGGUCUGAAGAGGAUGUUGCAGGACUUUCGCUGAAUAUACGUGCCAGAUCUUUCAGCGAUUGUGGUGCCGAACCUGAUGAAAAAUAACGUAUGGCUCGUCGGCGAUGGGGCCGCAAAUUCCCUAAGAAGGACUGGUUAGACUGGAGAUUCUAUCAAUCCUACCUGGAGUUGAUAACAAAUCCGACUAUAUUGCCCGAGCUCAGCUGCGUGACGCAAUUCAUAGUUUUAUGCCGUGGUCAUCGUAAGAUCGCCCCAG